AUGAAUCUCCCCACCGCCCCCACGCCAAGGCCAGCCCACGCUUUUGCUGGAACCCUCACUCGAUCCGAGCGGGCCAAACUGGUCCCACAAUUCGAGUUUGACCUGCGCUCGGCGUAUGUUGACUCGUCAACUAUACGCCUUUAUGACAAGGUAUCAGUGCUAGCUUUCCACUGGGCAAACGACGAUAUUGGAGUCGUUCCUCGGGGGACUGAGCUUCUCUCAGUCUUCCGAGACGACUACAAGUUUCAAACCUCAAGUUUCACUAUUCCAGUCGGUCCAGGCGCCCAGCCACAACAGACCCUCGCUAAGCAUCUUAUGGAUCAUGCGAAUGACUCCGCUGGUCCUAACAAACUGCGGAUAUAUGUCUACAACGGGCACUCUCGUGAUCCUGGAAUGCAUGGGCGAUAUUUUGACUUGAGCGGAACACUCGAUCGCAAUGCCCCCGUUGUGGACUGGUGGGCGGUAACGCCGUACCUCGAGAGAUACCCUGGGUCUAUCUGCUACAUCUUUGACACCUGUUCUGCCGUAUCGGCAGUGUUCGAAUCAUACAAUUGGGGGGGGUUUGUAGGUGCAUCUAGGUGGGACACUACUACCUGUGAGAGUUCCUUCACAAGAGCCCUUAUUAACACCCUCAAGAAUAUGAGAAAUGAAAACAGUACACUUGCGAAUAUUGCAAGGUUAGUCCCUGUCCAUCGUACACUGCUUGGAUGA